AUGUGUUUCCAAUAUCUGAAUCCGGAUACGUCGAAUUGGUUGCCAAAACCACCAGGCAGUGUAACAUUCUAUUCAAAUGAAGGUUCAUCUCUGGCUGCAUUAGUCGUCGAACGAAUAACAAAAACGCCUUGUGAUCAACAUGUCAAAGAAAAUAUUCUGAAACCGUUGGGCAUCGAUAUUCACAAGACAGAUUUUCGUCUCUCCGAUUUUGAAGACAGAAACGAUUUUGUUAAGCAUUAUACGAAUGCAUUCAAUGAAUCCUUUCUUCAAGCAUGGAACCAAAUAAUGCCAUAA